AUGUCUUCUAAACCUGCACCCAAGCUCGGUGAACUCGUCAUUGUUGUAAUCGCAGCAAAGAAUUUGGUAAAUCGCGAAGCUAUCGGGAAAGCUGAUCCCUUUGCCACUUUUCGUAUUGGUAGCCAUGCCAAAAGAACAAAAACGGUUAAACGUGGUGGACAAAAUCCAGAAUGGGACGAAGAGAUACGUUUUCAAUUGUUAGAUGAACCGAGUAAUAAAAAAAUGAAAAUACAAGUGUAUAAUGAGGAUAAACGCGAGCAUGAAUUACUUGGAGAAACGAUGAUUGAGUUGAAUGAAGUUUUAACAAAGGGAGAAUGGGAUGGUAAAGAAGUCGGUGAAAUUUGUCUUGAAAUGACUCUUUAUCGUCCCGAACCACCGCCAGGUGCAGCACAAGGAAUAAUAAAUUCAAGUCAUCCACAAAGGCCACCAGCAAAUGCAGUACCAGUAACAGCCCCUCAUCAACAACAACCAUAUAAUAAUUUGACGCACACACCAUCUUUAUCAGCACACCAGUCUCCUAAUCUAACAACAGCUUAUCCACAACAACAGCAGCUUAAUUCUCAAUAUCCUCCACCUCAUUCUACUAGCCCGAAUCCUGCACCAGCUGCAGUUAAUUAUUCACCUCAGAAUAAUGUUUAUCCACCAGUGAAUAAUUCUACUUAUCAUCCUCCCCCUGUACAUCAAACGUCGGGAACUUUUUAUUCACCUGCAAUCCAAAGCAGACCGCUUCCACAACAUCAAGCCACAUUACCUCUUCAGCCACCGGUCACGUCUGGAUAUCCGCCUGCAAGUGGUGUUUCCGGAUAUCCACAAGUCAGUUCUCCGCCCGUACAGUCUUCACCUUUGCCACUUAAUAGUCCUCCUCCAGUAAAUCCAGGUGUUCCAUUGUCUUUUCCUGUUCCAGUUGCUCCACAUUCUAUUAAUGGAGGUUAUCCUCCUUCCAACGCUUAUCCCCCGAAUAAUCAAUAUAAUUACGGAUUUCCACCAAAUAAUAUUUAUCAAAAUCAGCAAGCAUAUCCGCCUACUAAUGUCUACCCUCCCCCUGCUCAGGCAGGAUCUCAACCAUAUCCACCACCACAAUUUGGUCAAGCUUACCCUCCUUAUCCCCCUUCAACAUAA